GUUAUCAUGAUAGUUUGUUAACAAUGUUCAAGCAAUGGAAUCUAGGCAUCUACACUUCGAUGAAUGGACCUCGUGGAAUCGAUUCACACGCAACAAUUACAUUGAUCCAGUUUUACAUCGCUGACGUCCUCCGUGGGAACACCCCCGUCUAUGAUAUCAGUUACGCUUGCGAUUUCACACUUCCCGAAAAACAUGGCGCAUAUUGUGGACCUUUUAACGUACAUCCAGAUCAUCGUAUCAAUAAGACCAGAAAUCCGACCUUCUCCAUUGAGUCCUACACUGGGUUAUAUGAAGACCGAAGUGCCAAGUUUAAAAUAAAAGUUGAUCCGAAUACAGCUACUUUGGUGAUGACACAGGGUUGCGAAGAAUACCAUCUCUACCCCAGUGGUGCGCCUCAUGCGUUUGUGGCCCAAUCCACAGGGGAGUGUUUUGGAUGUACAAGGCGAAUUGUUUUCAACGUUGCUCAUGAAGCUGGAUUAAUCGAUGAUUUUUCAAGUGUAAACAUAGAUGGAGAAGAUUUCCGCAAUGCCAAAACGAGGCCAACUGCCGGCCCUCCACCAGACUGUGAAGUCUCUUUGGCGAAUGAAGUCCAUCACUCUUGGAUGUGUGUUUUUUCAUUAAUUGCUCUGCUUAUUCUACAAGCUUAGUAAUCAUUAUUAUGAUAUCAGCCCCUGUGUAAAAGUGAUGAAUAAUUGUCUUAGUGUUUAAUGCCCCCUUACAUCUGCAUACUGUUCUAAUAAGAGGAGUUUCCAUAUAGCUUUGAAAUCUCGAUAAGUCUCGUUUUUUCAUGAGAUUUUACUUUUUACUUCUAACGACUAUUUUUAAAAGCAUAUUCGAAUUCUGUGUAAAGUUUUCUACAAUAUAACUUUAAUUUACAUAUGUCAUUUAAAUCAUUUUCCAUGACUUUUUAAAAAGAAUUUGGGCCAAAUCCUCAUUGAUGCAAGGCUAAGAUUCCUUAAAACCUUGAAACAGAAAUAGAAACUAUACUAUUCGGCGUAUUAGUCACACCCAGUUGCGGUAUGGUCGGGCGUCAGGUAGAUACUCUACUUUGAACUUAAUACAGACUAGGACAAUAUUCAUUUUACUCUUUUACACCAGUGUAUAUAUACCCGGGAUAUUUACAAAAUCUGUCUUACGUAGAAAAAGACAGGUAGAAGUGAUCAUAGGGCCGCCAUCAUGUGUGAUUCGCAUCAAAGUCGAAAAUUUAGACCCGGGCCUUCUAAUGAAAUUAUCCAAAAUAGAAAAGUUAACUACUAGUAUUCGAUUAUUACAUUAAAAAAGACAUUCAGAUUGAAAAGAAGGAAGAAUACUUAUCAAUAAUUAUAUGGACGGAAUGUCAUUCAAAGUUGGC